AUGGUUAGCUUUAUGUCCACUCUUCAUCUCAUCCCCAUUUUUUUCUUCUCUCUGCUUGGAAGUGCAUCCUACCUUGAAGUUAUUAAACCCAUUUCAUGUACCAAGAGCCCAAAUUUAAGAUGCUUAGAGGUGGAGAGGGAAGCACUUCUUCGCUUUAAAGACAAUCUUACUGAUCCAUCGGGCCGUCUCUUUUCUUGGGUUGGUGAUGAUUGCUGCAACUGGAUAGGUGUUGGCUGUGACAAUAGCACAGGAAAUGUCAUCAAGCUUGACCUCAGAAACCCAUUUUCGCCAUUUACUUAUUAUGAUGUUGAACCAGAUUUAGAUUUUUCAAAUGAAGAGAUGGAAGCUUACAACAAGUCAUGCCUUGGGGGAAAGAUAAGUUCUUCUUUACUCGAUCUAAAGCAUUUGAGUUACUUUGACUUAAGCUUGAAUAAUUUUGAUGGAAUCAAUAUUCCAAAGGUUUUGGGUUCCCUUGAAAGUUUGAUGUAUCUCAAUCUCUCUUUUUCAUUGUUUGUUGGAGUUAUUCCUCCCCAUCUUUGGAAUCUUUCAAGGCUCCAAUAUCUAGACCUCAAUUCAUUUUCAUUUUCCAUUAACUCCUAUCACUUUUCAUCUCAAAGAUUGGAGGUCGGAAGUCAGGAAUGGGUUGAUGGUUUUCCUUCCCUUAAGUACCUUGGAAUGGAUUUUGUAAAUCUUGAGAAAGUACCAAAUUGGUUUCAGGCAGUUAAUAUGCUUCCUUCCUUACGGGAGUUACACCUAGCUGGUUGUGGACUUGUUAGUCUUCCUCACUCUGUUUCCUCCAUCAAUUUUACACUACUUUCAGUCUUUGAUCUCUCUUACAACCAUUUUAACUCCUUCAUACCUCACUGGUUGUCAAAUGUGAGUGGGCUUUCAACAAUCAAACUUGAGUCCAGUUUGCUUAGAGGUGCUAUUCCGGUUGACCUGGGACAUCUAACCAAAUUGCGUGACUUGAAUUUAGGUGAUAACAAUUUAAUUGGAAAGAUUCCGAACUCAUUUGCUAACCUUUGCAACCUGCAAGCGUUAUAUAUGUAUUCCAACAAUAUAAAUGGGGAGAUAACUGAGUUUGUGGAUAGCUUGUCUCAAUGUUCCAACAGUAGCUCUGAAGAUGGGAACUUAUCGUCAUUGCGAGAACUUCACCUCUUUGGUAAUCAAAUGAAUGGAACAAUUCCAAAAAGCAUUGGGAAAUUGUCAAUGCUUGUUUCAUUGGGCCUAAAUGAGAAUUCUUGGGAAGGUGUCCAAACUGAAGCUCAUUUUCAAAAUCUCACCCGAUUAAAAUCUCUUAUGUUGUCUACGAAUGUUAAUGCAAAAGGGGCAUUGGUUUUAGAUGUCAAACAGGAAUGGGUUCCUCCUUUUAAGCUGAAAAUGAUUUAUUUAAAGAAGGUUCAGAUAGGCCCAAACUUUCCAACUUGGCUAAAAACCCAAAAUCAACUCAAUUUUCUUGUGCUCAACAAUGCUGGCAUUUUCGACACCAUUCCGCAUGGACUUUGGAAGUCUUGCCCAAAUGUCACCCAUUGGAGUCUAUCUCGUAACAAAUUACACGGGCAGGUACCAUACUUUCAAUUUCACCCUUUAGCAUCUUAUUUUGAUUUGUGUUACAACAACUUAGAGGGUCCACUUCCACUUUUUCAUAGUAAUCUAAGCAUCAUAUAUCUCGGGAAUAAUAAGUUUUUUGGACCUUUUCCAAAAAACAUAAGUGAGUUAUUGCCCAAGUUGUCUUGGUUGGACCUCUCAUCAAAUUCAAUUACUGGUAGAAUUCCUCAUGCUAUAGGAAUGCUAAAGGAAUUGAAUGGCCUUAUUUUGGGAAACAAUUCCCUAUCUGGGAAACUCCCCCACUCAAUGCGACAUAUGAGUUCACUAAAUGUAUUAUCAUUGCCCCAAAAUCAUCUCGAAGGAGAGCUUCCCUCUUUCUUUAGAAAUUACAAAAACUUGAAAAGCCUUGAUCUUGGAGAAAACAAAUUCUUUGGAAAACUUCCUGCAUGGAUGGGUGAAAGUUCACCAUAUUUAUUGAGGUUAAGCCUAAGGUCCAACUUGUUUCAUGGGGACAUACAACAGCAAUUAUGUCUUCUUUCAAAUCUUCAAAUCCUAGACCUUGCACACAAUAAUUUUUCGGGAGCCAUCCCUCAAUGUUUAGGAAACCUAAGUAAUGAUGGAUAUGGAGAAAAGUAUAAUGGUGAACAAAUGUUGUUGGUUUCUAAAGGGAGAGAAUAUAUGUAUAAUGAUCUAGUCCUUAAUCUUGUUUAUUCUAUAGACCUUUCAAGUAACAAGUUAUCCGGGGAAAUACCUGUUAAUAUUACAAGCCUCUUAAGAUUGAUCAAUUUGAAUUUGUCAAUGAAUUAUAUCACUGGAAGAAUUCCUAAAAAAAUUGGGAAUUUACACAUGUUAGAAACACUUGAUCUCUCAAUGAAUGAGCUUUAUGGUCCUAUCCCUGAAAGCUUGUCUUCUUUGACCUUCUUAAGUAACUUGAAUUUGUCUUUCAACAACUUCUCUGGGAAAAUUCCACAUGGGAAUCAACUUCAAACACUUGGUGACUCUUCUAUCUACAAAGGAAACUCUUUACUCUGUGGGCCUCCUCUUUCAAGCAAGUGUUUAGAGGAUGAAAUUAAAUCUGGAGUAAGACCAAAUGGUAGUAACAGAGGAGCCAAUGAAAAUGGAAGGGCUGGCAUUGAGUCAUUCUCCUUGUACAUUAGCAUGACAACUGGGUUUAUUGUUGGAUUUUGGGGAGUUUGUGGCACAUUGAUUAUCAAAACAUCAUGGAGACAAGCUUACUUUCGAAGCUUUGAUAAUUUGAAAGACAAGGUUAUUGUCUUGGUUAUGGUCAAAAUUGUUCGCUUGCUACGGAAGGUCAAGUCAGAGAGAAGUUGA